CUUUACUAGUAUCUUUUAGGCUGUUCAAACAUUGAUAACGACAUUAAAGGUCAAGUUGAUAGAUAACACGCCAUAUUGCAAGUACCCACUACUUUACCUGUGAUACAGGCUAAUUUACAAUAAAAUAUUGACUGGUAUUUGUUAAUGUUUCAACAAAACUGAGGAUUUUUAACGGUGUUUCAAUAAAAAAAAAUAUGAAUUGAGAUUUACAGGUGAGCAAACCAGAUAUACAGAGAUGUUAAGAGCGAUAGGAAUAAUAACUGAUGGUAAUGUUGCUAAAUCUGUCCAAGCUCGGAGUUUCCAGACGAUACCGUACGCUUCUGACAAUCUGUGUCAUAGGACUGCUCUUAAUAAUCUACGUGCUGGUGAACCGUCCUAAAUACACCGAGAAGACUGUCAUUGAUGUUAAUAAAUGGCUGGAGAACCCGACCACCGGAUGUCGCACUUAUUUUACCGGAUAUGGACACGAAUUCGUGUGGCUUCGUUAUGCUCGUGUCGAUAAAACUACAAAGACUUUUUCAAUACCUUGUGAGAAUAAAAUACCAGCAUAUAACUUUAACUACGGUAAGGAGGGAACCAUACUGAAGGAAUGGAUGAAACAGUUAGGAAUGUUUCCAUAUUCUGAGUUAUCGAAAUUUCAAAAGUCGGCCAUUGAUACAGCCACCAUUGCUGUCAUGAGAUAUGAGGCACACAAUCUUUAUCAUACAUUGUGUGAAUGGUACAAUGUAUUUAUUGUAACAAAAUUACUUAGAUUAGAUCCUAAACAUGUGAAUAUCUUAUUUAUGGACGACAGACCACGUGGUUUAAUGGACGACACAUGGGAUACACUUUUUGGUAACGUGAGUAGAUAUUCGGAACUGUCACCGGAAGUUGUGUUCAGAAACCUGAUUUGGAACGUAAUUGGCUACGAAAGUCCAAUGAAUUUUCAUAACUUGAAUAUACUCCCAUAUAUGAAUGAUUUUUACAGUUUUUUCAUUGGAUCUUUUGGCGUAAACGAACAAAAAGCACUAAAUUGUGGACAUUUACAUGUAACUAUUAUAUGGCGUAAAGAUUACAUGACUCAUCCUGAAAGACAGAACGAAACGGGGGGAUUGGUUCAUAGGAAGUUUAAAAAUGAAGAAGAAAUACUUCAGACUGUACAAGAUGUUUUUCCGAGUCAUUCAAUAAAAGCUGUGAUACUUGAAGAAAUGGAUAUGCAACAGCAAGUGAACUUAUUUACAAAUACGGACCUGUUGAUCGGUAUGCACGGGGCUGGAAUGUCACAUGUGAUGUUUUUACCACAACAUGCGGCUGUAUUUGAAACUUUUCCAAAUUACUGGGGUUUCUUAAAACAUUUUAAGGCCUUUUCACGUUGGAGAGGUAUCAAAUACCUUGGGUGGCAAAACAGUGAUCCGAAAAAUGAAUAUCCGCAUUUCUAUACAUUAUUACCACCGGAAGUAUUACGGUCUCAUUUAGAAGAACUAAAACUGUAUUUAUGUCCUUCAUGACGUAAAAAUGUAACACAGCUAGUGAAGACAUUUGUUACAAAUGGGUAGUGCUAUGUUGAUGUUAUAAUACUACAUUCUAUUCACCGUCAAAUUUUAAGCCGAACAUGUCAACUUUAAAAGAUAUAUUCGUCUUUGUCUAUGUAUAAAUUUGGACUGUUAGCUACAUGUUAACCAUCAUGUGAAGUUUUUAUAUGCAUUUUUGAAACUUUUCAACAAAUAGCUAGCCAAAGAUUAUAUUCAACACCUAGAUGUAGAUGUGAUGGGGUUUUUUUUCUCAUGGAAAUGUACAGUUGAUCUACAGAUGGCAUGGUUAGAACAACUUUAACUACGAUAAUAAAUUCAGAUUAACCCUUACCUGCUAAAUUUCUAUAAUGAACGUGUCCUUCAUUCAUUUGGACAGUAUCAUUAUCUCUUAUAAGAGAUGUUAACCAAAUAGAUACGAACUGAAUGGCGGACAGUGCAGAUCUUGAUCAGACUGCACAGAUGUUUGAACUUAGAGACAGUAACUUGUAACUUGCACAAUCAUCAAAUGUUACUAUGUUUUGUAUCAAAAUGUUUUUUGCGUAAUUUUUUGUAUUACAAAGGUUAGCAACAUUGCGCCUAAGGUAAUAACAUGUACAUUGUAUUUACAUUUACCUAGAAAUAUUGUUUUAAUGUAUGUUUGUUUAUAAUGUUACCUUAAAUCUGAAGUAAUGUUAUUUGUAUUUUGGACCGGAGGCCUUGUAUUACAAUAAAACCAUAUCGUAUCGUA